AUGGAAGACUUCUCACAAUCACGCGGCGACGACGAUCUCUUCGACGACGAAAUCGUGCCUUUCGACGCCCCUCCAUCACCAGAGAAAGUUGCAGCUCAAUUGGAACAAGUCUCGCUCGAAACACCACCACCACCCCCUCCUGUUGAACUCAAGCCUGCAGAGCAGGCUGUAUCAGAGCCCCGGGAGACGACAUUUCCAGGGUUUAAGCCCAAGUCAAGGACAAGGGGAGCACCUGGCCCUGGCCGAGGAGGCACGAACAAGAGAGGUGGAUUGGCAGAUUCCAAAUGGGCGACAAAGCCCACGAGGCCUACAACGACAGAUCCAUCUACGCAGGAGCCAAGUGAGGAGCCACUGUCCAAGGACACAGCAACCGCUUCAGAGGUUGGAACAAGCCUCGACCCAGCGAUUCAAGAGGGAGAAGGAGAUCCUACAACCGCCGUCUCGAAUUCAGCGUCCGGACCUGCCAACGCAACCAAUGCUCGUCCUCCGGCUGUGCGGGGCGACCGCACGGCGACAGGCGGGGUGCGAAAACCCAAGCUAACAGAGGAAGAACUCAGUGCUAAACUCGCCGCUGCAAAAGAGAGGUCACAGAACCUGGCGGCUGCCCAUGCGCGAGCGCAGGCAGACGCCGCGAGCUUCGAAGAACGGGAGCGCGUGGCGAAUGAGACGCGGGAGAAAGACCGCGCCGUGCGGAAAGUAAUGGACAAGGAGCGAGAAAAGAAUCGACAACGUAAAAUGGCCGUUAUGGGCGGGCGGGAGUGGGACGCCGGCAAGAAUGAGGAGGAUUUUAAGACCGCACAGAACGGACGGGGUGGGCCCCGGAGGUUCCAAAGCAGCAUGACGCCAGAGCAACACUUUCAAGCUGAACAGGACGAUCUCAGGAUGUACGAGUGGCAUGAUGACCGAGGCCGCGGGAGAGGGAGAGGCCGGGGCAGAGGUGGGCGAGGACGGGGCCGGGAUGGUCCUGGAAGAGGCGGAGGGUUUGGUCAUGACAGCAACCGACCCGGGCAUCAGCAGUCCGCUUGGUCUGUCAACGAGGAUUUCCCUGCUCUGCCUGUUCCAGCCUCCACGCGGGAAGAGGCAACAAACAACACCACUACGAGUACUUCAAGACCAGCCCCGCAAAGACUGGAUUCCGCUUCGGGGGACAAUGCGGGUAGUUGGGCGGAGCAGGUCGAGUCCAGCGAGGCACUGGAGAAAGCGGGCAAGCCCUGA